CCGCUGCUUCCCUCGACCGCGAGGUCCCGGCGGGAGGCGGCGGCGGGCGCCGGCUGCGGCAGGCGGCGGGGAAGAUGGCGGGGAACGGCGGCGGCUUGGCCGGUGCCGGGAGCGGGGAGAUCAUCCAGCUGAACGUGGGCGGCACCAGGUUCAGCACAUCAAGACAAACAUUGAUGUGGAUUCCAGACUCAUUUUUUUCCAGUUUGCUGAGUGGAAGAAUUUCAACACUAAAGGAUGAAACUGGUGCUAUAUUUAUUGAUCGAGAUCCAGCAGCAUUUGCACCCAUUUUAAAUUUUCUUCGCACAAAGGAGUUAGACUUACGGGGAGUGAGUAUUAAUGUUCUCAGGCAUGAAGCUGAAUUCUAUGGAAUCACUCCUCUAGUGAGAAGAUUGCUACUAUGUGAAGAACUGGAACGCUCAUCUUGUGGCAGUGUCCUUUUUCAUGGCUACCUACCUCCUCCAGGCAUUCCCAGCCGUAAGAUAAAUAAUACUACUGGGCCACUGACUGACAUCAGAACGGGUCAGAGUGAGAGUGAGAUACAUGGAGGUGGUGUCCAGCCUUCAUUUGCUGGUACGGGGGAAGGUACAGUCAGACUAGGAUUUCCUGUGGACCCACGGAAAGUCCUAAUAGUAGCUGGCCACCACAACUGGAUAGUAGCUGCCUAUGCCCAUUUUGCAGUUUGCUACAGAGCUGUUAAACACUUAACUGCUUCACUUGGACGGCUGAAAAAUGUCUUCAAUGUCUUGAACACAAACUGGCUAUUUUUUAAGAUCAGAAUCAAAGAGUCAUCUGGGUGGCAGCAGGUAUUCACCAGUCCUUAUCUGGACUGGACCAUUGAGCGGGUGGCACUCAAUGCCAAGGUGGUUGGAGGACCUCAUGGAGACAAGGACAAGAUGGUUGCAGUUGCUUCAGAGAGUAGCAUUAUCUUGUGGAGCAUUCAAGAUGGUGGUAGUGGCAGUGAAAUUGGAGUGUUCAGUCUUGGAGUGCCUGUAGAUGCUCUCUUCUUCAUUGGCAACCAGUUGGUGGCUACAAGCCAUACAGGGAAAGUUGGAGUAUGGAAUGCUGUGACUCAGCAUUGGCAGGUUCAGGAUGUUGUUCCUAUCACAAGCUAUGAUACUGCUGGGUCUUUCCUGCUCUUGGGCUGUAACAAUGGUUCUAUCUACUACAUAGACAUGCAGAAGUUCCCACUUCGAAUGAAAGACAAUGAUCUUCUUGUGACAGAAUUGUACCACGAUCCCUCCAAUGAUGCUAUAACAGCUCUCAGUGUCUACCUCACACCUAAAACAAGUGUAAGUGGCAACUGGAUUGAGAUUGCAUAUGGCACCAGCUCUGGAGCAGUGAGGGUGAUUGUACAGCACCCUGAGACAGUCGGGUCUGGCCCUCAGCUCUUUCAAACUUUCACGGUUCAUCGAAGCCCUGUCACGAAGAUAAUGCUUUCAGAGAAACACCUCGUGUCAGUUUGUGCUGAUAACAACCAUGUCCGGACAUGGACUGUGACUCGGUUCCGGGGCAUGAUUUCGACUCAGCCAGGCUCAACACCUCUUGCAUCAUUCAAAAUCCUAUCCCUGGAGGAAGCAGAGAGUCAUGGCAGUUACUGUUCUGGAAAUGACAUUGGACCCUUUGGCGAACGUGAUGAUCAACAGGUGUUUAUCCAAAAAGUUGUUCCCAUUACGAAUAAGCUGUUUGUAAGGCUGUCUUCAACUGGGAAAAGGAUCUGUGAGAUCCAGGCAGUUGACUGCACUACCAUCUCGUCAUUUACUGUGCGAGAAUGUGAAGGAUCCAGCAGGAUGGGCUCCCGGCCACGCCGCUACCUCUUCACUGGACAUUCCAAUGGCAGCAUCCAGAUGUGGGACCUGACCACAGCUAUGGACAUGGUUAAUAAGAGUGAAGACAAAGAUAUUGGUGGCCCAACAGAGGAAGAGCUGCUCAAGCUGCUUGACCAGUGUGACUUGAGUACAUCUCGCUGUGCCACACCCAACAUCAGUCCUGCCACCUCAGUUGUUCAGCCAAACCGGCUUCGGGAAUCUAAUUCCAGCCUCCAAUUGCAGCACCAUGAAACAAUCCAUGAAACUGCCACAUAUGGUUCUGUGCGGCCAUACAGAGAAAGCCCCCUCUUGGCAAGAGCAAGGCGGACAGAGAGCUUUCACAGUUACCGGGACUUCCAGGCUUUUAACUUAUCCACCAAAAGCCCAACAGAAAAGGCAGCUGCUGCAAAUGGGAAUGCAAGCCAGACAGAGGCCAGGAAGGCAACAGCUGAGGGCAGUGCAGCUGAGAAGAAGGCAGUCCAAUCAACAGCGCUUGAAGUGCGAGGUGCAGGCAUGACAGAUGCAGGUGGGUGUUGCAGUACAGAGGUUCACCGCCUGCCAGAGAACUCUUUGGAUCUCAAGAAAAGAGCACCAGAAGAAGAGAAUGAAACCAAAGCAGAAAGCAAAAAGAAAAUGGGAUUUGAAGGAGCUGCUUUCCUGGGAAGAAAGAAAAUGCCUCUCCUGGCCUCGGCACCAGUCCUUGCUGAAGGUGGGCCUGAAUUACCUGGUGCAGCUUCUCCAUCACCUACAAAGACAGCUGCUUCACCACGACACCGGAAGAAUAACUCAAUCUGGGACGAGUUGGGCCUGUGAAAAUGUGUCUGGUGGCAAUAACAAGGUGCAAGUGCCCUCUGGCUGGUAGCAGGCACAAUGUUACAUGUGGGCUGUUUAGUGAGUGGGAUUUUGUUCUGAUACCAGAAUAAAACUUGUAAGGUUAUGAGAAAGUACUUAGCUGCUGCCAAAGCUUUGAAGGGUUGUCCACAUCAAUGUGUGGCUUUAUGUAACACUCCAAAAUGUAGUACGGUACUUGGUCCAAAAUAUUGUUGUGCGUUCUUGCGUAAAUGUGGUCAGGCAUGUGAUAUGUUGUGAUUACUUUUGUUUUGGGGAAAGGAAAGCUUGGUUGCUGAGCAGAGGAUGCCCCUUAGAUGCAGCUGUACAUUGCUCUACAGCGCUUCUGCUGUCUUGCUAAUUCACAGAGCUGCCUCUGUAGUCUUGUUUUAUGAAUGGGAUCCUUGGUCUGUAUGCUGCUGUCUGAUAUCUGAAAUGUUUUGUGCAGGUUAAGGACGAAGCUAUCCAAAAUAGUAUAUGAUUUUGCCUCUUAGUCCAAAUAAAUUGCCAGAGGAGUGUUGCUUGUA